AUGAUAACCCCAACGACAAGUGGCAUUUUACGUGAGUACCAACGCUUUCUCAGCUGUGAAAUCGGUGUCGAUGAGUUGAUCACAUUUUGUCGAACGGGAUCUUUUCGCACAGCCGCCACAAGAUCGAUCGCCUGGAGGAUCUUGUUGAAAUGUCUUCCAAUCAACAGCCUUGAAUGGGUGCCAGUCAUCGAGCAGAGUCGACGUGAAUACGCAACUCUUCGGAGUCGACACGUCGCCAAUCCAAGAGAUCCUUUAUGUGUACAAGAUCCACAAUUGAACAAUCCACUUAGUGAGCACUCAAAAUCCCCAUGGUCUCGUUACUUUGCUGACGGAGAACUCCGGGAUUUGAUCUUGAAAGAUGUUGCAAGAACAUUUCCCGAGAUCGAGCUUUUCCAAGAUGCUGAAGUGAAAUCUUUGAUGUGCUCCGUGCUUCAUGUUUACGCCAAAGACAAUCCUUUUAUCGGCUACAAACAGGGAAUGCACGAGAUUUUGGCCCCUUUGGUUUUCGUUCUCUACAACGAUCAACAACUCUAUCAGCAUGCGCUUGAAGACUUUCAAUUGAGGUCUCUGGAUCGAACAGCUCUUCACAUUCUCCAAGUGCUUCACGAUUCAAACUAUUUCGAAGCAGAUGCUUAUGUUCUAUUUUGUGAGGUGAUGCGCGAGUUGACGCCUUGGUACGAGGAUGCGGGGAUAGUUGAACCGCCAGAGCCACAUCCAUUUGAAAGGCUGCAGGACACAAUGAUCACAUCUCGUUUGCUGAAAGAGUUGAACGAGAUCGGUCAACGGUUGGCCGAAUUCGAUCCACCACUCUAUCGCCAUCUCACCAAUCUCGACAUACCGGCUCAACUUUUUGGAAUCCGCUGGUUGAGACUUUUGUUUGGAAGAGAAUUUCCUCUUCCCGAUCUUCUCUUUCUAUGGGAUAUAAUCCUCUCGGAUCGACCGAUUUCUCGAAUCGUCGAAUGCGUUUUUCUAGCGAUGCUUGUUUAUAUAAGAGAAAAUUUAUUGGCCUCGGAUUACGGUGGCUGUUUGCAAUUUUUGAUGCGCUACCCCCCGGUGGUCGAUGUGAUGGCUUUCGCUCAACUUGCGCUUCAUUUUCGAGCUCCAUUGCGUAAUUCUCGACCAAAAGAUUCUCAAUUGACCAACUACUCAAAUAUGACUCUACAAGGAACGGUUCAUCCAAAUGCAGGCAAUCAAAAACGAACCGUUUCCCAACCGCCACCACAACAACGAUCUCAACAAGCGAAUCGUGGAAAGCAGAGACGUCCGUAUCGACAAGAGGAGAUUCCAAAGGCAUUGGGUAUUUUCGAAGAACAAGUCGCCGUUCUUCAACAACGUCUCAAUGAGCGAGACAUUGUCACUGCUGUAUCAGCUAAACGAAUUGAAGAGCUUGUGAAAAACCUUGAGAGAGGCUCUCUUGAAAUUGGCACGAUUGCGGCACAACUUCGCGAAGUCGGUCAACAACUAGGUAGUCUGACGAUGGAUCGUCGAAAGGAGACUCCAGAAGCAAAGUCCCCAGCACAAGAAGAACGAAUAAAAGUAGCAAAUGAGCCGGUGCGAUCGGGAACUCCAAGAAUUUUUGGAGUCAACGAAUUGAGAGAACUCAACACAAAUAAUCAAAAUUUCUCUCAUUCAAAACCUCCCAGUCAACAAGUACCCCGUGAUCGAGUGCUUGGCAUUCCUAGAUUU